AUGUACACCGAAUACCCCAGAGAUCACCGCACUUCCGGACACUACCGAUUGCCACCUGGAGAUCCAGUUCCUCAUUCUCACUCCCACUCCCACUCACACUCUCGUCAUCACAGUGGGCAUGGUCACCACCACGGCGAUCACAGAUAUAGUCACCACCGAGAAAAGAGUGAUCAUAAAAAUGAUGACCCUCAUCAUAACCGUCAUCUUCUCGAAGGAGCAGUAGCUGCGGCCGGAGUCGCGGAAGUGAUCCAUCGCCACCGCCAGAAGGAUGGAGAAGAUGUGAGUCAUGGGUUUGGCCAUAUCGCUCGUACAGUGGGUGCUGGUGCAUUAGGAGCAGUGGCAGCCAACGAAAUUGAACGGGCUCAUACCUCUCAUGAGAGGAAGAGUCACCACCGUUCUUCGAGUGGUCACCGUCACAAUGACCAUCAUGGAAAUAAGCACGGACAUCACCAUUGA